AAAAGUUAAAGGUGUAUAUCAACUUCCGGUGUCACGGGGUGCCUGGGAGACGGAACGCAAAAAGCGGGCAUAACGAACAUAUCCCGUAUUUUCUCCUUGUAUACAUUUAAUUGCAAAAAAUAUAUUGGGACGACUCAAAACACUCUUACAACAUCAACAGGACGAACGGCAUAACAUUGGAUGUGCAAUUGUACUAGCAUAUCCUUAUUCACUCGACUUGCUAGCAUUAGCUCGCUACCACGACUCCUUCAAGAACAGGCCCCAGCCUGGACUUUGCUUUAUCUAACUAGCUAGCACAAUAUAGCACGUUUUCUUCGUCAAUGUUAUUGUCUGUUCUUAGUGUAAACUAGAACCACAUAUUUAUAACUCACCUGGAGUUGUUUAUGUUUAAGUGUGGUUUAUUUUGAUAUUUCUAAACCGUUGCAUUGGUGGUGUGUAGUUAGUUAGCACUUAACUAAGUGUGCUGUGCACUUUUUCGCUAGCGACCGCGCCGCAUUCCCGUCCAUUUUACAGUCAAAUAAGAAACCGCAAUGUCGGAUUUCGACGAAUUCGAGAGACAAUUGUCUGAAAACAAACAAGGUAAGCUAGCUAGUUAAUCACUUAUGUUUUAUAACCAGGUUCUAAACUAGCUAGUUAGCAAUCGCAUAUCAUCACAACACAAGCUGGCUAAUUUGCUAGUAGUAGCUGCUAGAGCCCACACUGUCGCAGUUGUCGUCCCAGGCACAUUCGUAUGGCAGAUGUGGCUAUAACUAGCUAACCCAUUGUUUAUAAGUAACGUUAUUUCUGUCACUAACAGGCCCUGUUGUGAGCCAGCUAACGUUUUACAGCUCUGUAUAUGUUGAAGUUGCCAGUUACAAUAUGAAUCAUUGAAAAGUUAAAAUCUCUUGGCCAUACAGUAGCUAUAUCCUAUGAAAGUAAACACGUUAUCCAUCCUCUUGCCCCCUGUGCUAUCUUCUCUCCUCCCCAUCUCUAUGAUCAUCUGUAGCUCAGUUGGUAGAGCAUGGCGCCAGGAUAGUGCGCUCGAUUCCCGGGAACACCCGUACGUAAAAUGUAUGCACGCAUGACUGUAAGUCGCUUUGGAUAAAAGCGUCUGCUUAAUGGCAUAGCUAUAUUAUUUUAACUCAACCCCCCCUCUGUUUUUUCUUCCCCUUUCUCUCCUCCCUCCUCUGUUUUUCUCUCCUCCCUCUUCCUGUUUCACCGGUCCUUCCCUUUUCAUUCCCUUCCUCCAGCGGAGAAGGACAAGGAGAACCGCCACCACCGUCGCUCCCCCUCUCGCAGCCGCAGCAGAGAGAGGAAGAGGAGGAGCAGAGACAAGGACAGACGCAGCAGGGAUCGCCGUGGAGACAGCAAGGAGCGCAGACCAAGACGCAGGUAACUACAGCAUUGUCUUACUACACGCUCUCAGGCGUGUAAGAGACCUAGUAUGUGCAGGUACUACAUACUGGUUAAAGUAGGACUAUCUGCACACCUGAUGAGUGAACAGUAUCAGCACACUUGGAAAAUAAGCAACCCAUGCAACACUGACUCUACCUCGCAAAAUCACUGUACCUCGCAAAAAGUUUAAAUGUGAAAUAGAAAGCUCUCACAAGCACAGCAUUAUUCCUCUGAGGUAGCCUUCCUAUUGUCCUGACAGUGAGAUGCAACAUUGUGGAGGAAGACCCACAUCUAACAGUGUUCACACAUGUUGAACAUUCUACACCUGGACCCUGAAGUUGUUUUAGGAUGCAUUUGUUUUAGUGGAAAGAGCCAUAGCGUGCACUUACUAGACCUCAGUGUUCUGUAGAAGUAUAGGUGCCUAAUUCCAAAUCGGCCCCUAGCCCUACUAGUAGAUCUGAAAGGAGUGGAUGUGGUGAUAGCUCCAGCAGAAGGCCAUAUUGCUUAUACCUAUUCAAUCCUUUAGGAUCUAUGUGAAGUUCAUACAAACAGUGGCUUGGGGCUAAUUUCGAAUUGCACUCUAGUUCCACUUCCUGCAGUGGAACUACCUGUGACCAGGGUUGGAGUGAAAUGAAAUGUGAACUCCUUCCAAUGUCAUUUCAGCUCACCAUCCCAACAACAACCCCAAGAGAUUGCUGUAAGGUAAUACAGCAAACUAACACAGAGAUUGUUUCUGCAUUAUUACAAUAUCACUCCAGUCACUCUAGCUAAUGAUCCUUCCUCUGAUUGUGUACUAUCCACUCAUGUUUACGGCAGCGUAUUAUAUUCUGUGUAUACCAUUGUGUGGGAAGGUUUUGGUAAGGGGUUUCUAUUGAGAGAGAAAAACAAAACUGUAGGGUCAACUCUGUAAUAAUGGGAUAGAUUUGUAUGGCUCUGUGACAUCAUCCACUAUUAAUGUCAUUUGAAAGUAGUAUGUAAUUUUAAAUCACUUGUAUUUGUAAAAGUUAUAGUUAAUUUAAGACAUCGAUUCAGAAGUGUAAACCUGGGGUUUGUCAUAGACGGGUUAAAGAGAAGCUGUAGGUUUCUCUAAAGGCCUAAACGUCUUUUUAGGGCUUGACUCACAGGACAUCAGAAGUAAUGACUUCUAUCUCUGUUUCCCCCUGCACUCCUUUGUUGGUCUUUCUGUCCUCACUCCUCCUGUCCUGUGUUCUCUCCAUCAGUCGUUCCCCGCACCGUGAAACCAAGAAGAAGAACAAAGUGAAGAAGUACUGGGACGUCCCUCCUCCUGGCUUUGAACACAUCAGUGUGAUGCAGUACAAAGCCAUGCAGGGUAAGAGGCCUCACUUCAUCAUCCUCUUCCUCUCUCCCUUGUUCGCUCUCCUCUCUCUAUUUUCAUCUACUCUAUUAAACUAUUUGGCCCUCGUUUGCCCUCAUAUUUAACUGAGUUCUUACUAAUACUGUCUUGUUGUGGAAGCUGUAUGAAUGUUGUGUUUUAAACGUGUGACUUCUCCUCAAGCUGCGGGUCAGAUCCCAGCCACGGCCCUGCUGCCCACCAUGACCCCAGACGGCCUGGCCGUGACCCCCACUCCUGUCCCUGUGGUGGGAAGCCAGAUGACCAGACAAGCCCGUCGGCUCUACGUGGGGAACAUCCCCUUCGGCAUCACAGAGGUCAGUUAGCUCCUGGAUGGAUGUAGGGCCGGAGAUCAGAGAGAUGGAGUAGGUAGAUGUUGUCCCAAACCACAGAUACAGGUUAACAGGGCUCUACAGUGCCACCAUUUUACUCACAUAUGCGCCUAAAUAUGUAGCUGUGCGAACUGGAAUUUUAAUUUAGGAGGACCAGUGUGCCUAGAAAAAUUAAGGAUUCUAGCUUAAGGAUAGGGGCUGGGCCAUCUGAUUCUAUCAACUAGUAUUUCAAGCUCAGGGGGAUCAGAGAGUGAGUAGUUGUUUGGAGUGAGUCUUUUCCAGAGUAUUGCCUUAAUGUCUCUCCCUGUGUAGGAGUCCAUGAUGGAUUUCUUCAACGCUCAGAUGCGUCUGGGCGGUCUCACUCAGGCUCCAGGAAACCCUGUUCUUGCUGUGCAGAUCAACCAGGACAAGAACUUUGCCUUCCUCGAGGUGGGUCUCAACACCCACUUGACAAUACUCAAUACUGGAGAAUAAAUAUGGCCUUCCUCAAUAGUCCAAAAUGACCUAUUUUCCUUUUAUCUGAGCUGUAUGAAAUAAUCUGACAGGUGAAAGAUAACCCUCUACCUUUCUAAAACCUGGUGUGUGUUUGUCGUCCCAUAGUUCCGCUCAGUGGAUGAGACAACCCAGGCCAUGGCGUUCGACGGUAUCAUCUUCCAGGGACAGAGUCUGAAGAUCCGUCGUCCCCAUGACUACCAGCCCCUGCCCGGCAUGAGCGAGAACCCCAGCGUCUACGUGCCUGGUCUGUCCGCCUGUCUGUCUCUCCAAACAUCUCUGGCUGGCUACUUCACUCUAUUUAGUCCAUCUUUAAACCCUUCUUAGUCUGGCCUAUUUGACCUCUUCACCCCUCUAUAGGAUCAGACAUUUAUAUCCUGUCUGGAUGAAGGCUGUUUAUAUCAAAGUUUGGCUGACUUUAAAUAACUUCUCUCUGUGUAGGUGUGGUGUCCACAGUGGUGCCUGACUCAGCCCACAAGCUGUUCAUCGGGGGCCUGCCCAACUACCUGAAUGACGACCAGGUCAGUGAGCUAACCGUAACCAGCUUAGCCUUCUAACCAGGCCACCUGGAGCCACCUACUGGGCCAUAUUGGGGCGUGCUGGCUGGCUGCUCACCUCCCUUGACGUCCCAGUCUGGCCCAGUGGAAACCUCCUGUUUCUUCACAUGCCUAGUCAAUGCUGGACGCGGUUAGCAGUGUACUGGAGUAACACUGUUGAUGGAAGCCAGACAGCUUGAAAGACAUCUAAUAGUCUGAGAUGUUAAGUGUCCAACAAUGUCUCCUCCCUCGUCUGACUGUUGUCCCCUUUCCCCUGUCCCUUCAUCUUUUCCCCUCUGGUCUCUAUGGUAAUCUCACCCCUUCUCUCCCUGUGUUCUCCAGGUCAAGGAGCUCCUGACAUCGUUUGGGCCUCUCAAGGCUUUUAAUUUGGUCAAGGAUAGCGCCACAGGUUUGUCUAAGGGUUAUGCGUUCUGUGAAUAUGUGGACGUCAACCUGAACGACCAGGUCACCAUGGAGAAUCAGGUAGCUAAGCAACCCAUUCAUUUUUACUUCUUCACACACCAUGUAAUGGUUUUGGAUUUGUUCAAAUUUUUACAAUAUCUCUUCACAUUUUUGAUUACUCGCGUAUCAAUAAAAAUGUAAAUGAAGGAGCAUAACUCAAGAUUCUUAAUGUUAUUAAAGGGGAACUAUAUUGCUCCUCAGCUUGAGGUAUUAUUAAUAAAAUGUAUUAUGUGUUUCACAUGUAAUACUUUAGCCCCCACAGCAAGACACAUAACUCUUGCCAAAAUGAUGUCAUAUGGUUACACUCCCAAUAUUUCAGGGUAAUCUGUUAUGAUUGAACUGAAUUGCAGUAAAACAUUAAUAAAACCUUUGAAAAUGACCAUCUGUAGAAAGUAAAUUCAGCUUUUGAUUGUGUUCUUGAAAGGGGAAAUUUCAGUUUGAAAUGUGUAGAAGUGCAUAGACCCUGGGGGUUGUCCCUGCUGAUGAUUGACAGCUGUAUUAACCACUUGGAGAUGCCCUGUCCCCACAGGCCAUAGCAGGACUCAACGGCAUGCAGCUGGGAGAUAAAAAACUCCUGGUGCAGAGGGCCAGCGUGGGAUCCAAGAACGCCACUCUGGUAAGACGGGGUAGAGGAUAUUGUGCAGAGGGGGUAGAGGAUCUUGUGCAGAGGGGGUAGAGGAUCUUGUGCAGAGGGGGUAGAGGAUCUUGUGCAGAGGGGGUAGAGGAUCUUGUGCAGAGGGGGUAGAGGAUCUUGUGCAGAGGGGGUAGAGGAUCUUGUAUAGAGCAGAGAGAGACGAGGGGGAGCAUAUGUUGUGCCUUUGGGGCGACCAGUGCUGUGUCUGUUCUACUUUUCCAAUCCCUCAAGGCAUGUUCUGUAUCAGAGGAAGGCCCAAAAAUUGUCAAAGACUCCAGUCACCCAAGUCAUACUGUUCUCUCUGCUACCGCACGGCAAGCGGUACCAGAGUGCCAAGUCUAGAUCCAAACGGCUCCUUAACAGCUUCUACCCCCAAGCCAUAAGACUGCUGAACAAUUAAUCAAAUGGCCACCCAGACUAUUUACACUGCUGCUACUCACUGUUUUUUAUCUAUGCAUAGUCACUUUACCCCUACCUACAUGUACAAAUUACCUCGACUAACCUGUACCCCCGCACAUUGACUCGGUAACCCCUGUAUAUAGCCUCGUUAUUUUAUUGUGUUACUUUUUAUAUAUAUUUUUUACUUUAGUUUAUUUAGUAAAUAUUUUCUUAACUCUAUUUCUUGAACUGUAUUGUUGGUUAAGGUCUUGUAAGUAAGAAUUUCACGGUAAGGUCUACACCUGUUGUAUUCGGCGCAUGUGACAAAUACAAUUUGAUUUGAUACAUCAACACUACUCCAACCCUCCUCUCUCCCCCUCCAGACGAGUAUAAACCAGACCCCGGUGACGCUGCAGGUGCCGGGCCUGAUGAACAGCUCAAUGACCCAGAUGGCCGGCCUGCCCACAGAGGUGCUGUGUCUGAUGAACAUGGUGGCUGUGGAGGAGCUGGUGGAUGAAGAGGAGUACGAGGAGAUCGUGGAGGAUGUGAGGGACGAGUGCAGCAAGUACGGCCAGGUGAAGAGCAUCGAGAUCCCCAGACCUGUGGAUGGGCUGGAGGUCCCCGGCACUGGCAAGGUGAGAGAGAGGCUACUGUCUGUCUUCAGCUUUAUGACUAUGCCUUUUUGAAUAAUCUCUGUUGACACUCCUUACAUUUCAUCUCUAUCCCUCUCUCCAUCUCUCUGUCCUAUAGAUCUUUGUGGAGUUCAUGUCGGUGUUUGACUCCCAGAAGGCAAUGCAGGGUCUGACGGGCAGGAAGUUUGCCAACCGGGUGGUGGUGACUAAAUACUGCGACCCUGACGCCUACCACCGCCGAGACUUCUGGUAGAGGAUGACGACAGAUGAAGAGAGCGAGGGGGGUGGAUUGCCCUAUUUCAAAUCGACCCUUAACCCCCCACCACCUAGGCACUUGUUUUGACCUGAAAAGGUGUGAGCGACAUAAUGUUUCACCUAGUCCAUCAGAAGGCCAGGUGGAGCUAAGAGAAAUACCCGGGGGUAGGGGCUAGGGAUCCAUUUGGUAUUGGGCAAAAGAAGGGAGAGAUGGAGAAAAAAGGGUUUGUAUUCUGACGAAAACCAAGAGGGUCAUGGGAGGGAGGGGGGGGGGUUAAAAGAUUUUUGCGAAUUGUGUGUCGUAACAGGUCAGGGGUAAAUGAUUUUUAUACUUUGUGAGGAAGGGAUGGGGUCAUUCUGGCGGGGGGGGGGGGG